AAAGUCAAAGCUGUAAUUCGUUUACACAUAUUAAGCUAUGUAUUGUUUAAUUCUAUGCAAAGAGACUUUCGGAUCAGGGAAUCUGAUGACUGCUUUAUACAUUAGGUUAAUAAGAUCUAAUAUUUUGUUUAUGUCGAUGGUUUAGGGAGAUCUUCGAACUAUAUCUAGAAGCUGAAUUUAUAAAAAUUGUUAAUAUCAACUGUGAAAGUUCUUUGAAAGACAUAGAAAACUUCAAUCGAUCUACCGCAAAUCCUAAAUUAGUGAUUGCUCUCCAUUUACGCCAAUGCUCACAUCUUGUCAGUCUGCUGGACAAAAGUAUACCUGUUCUUGCGAUCUGCACUGGGACUGACAUAAAUAUAGAUAGAACUCAUGGGAUAUAUCUGAAGCUGAUGACAUAUUUAGUUGACCGAAGUUUUGCAGUUGUUUUAUUCAACCAAACAAUGCUGAAGCAGUUCAAAGAAACUUGGCCUGAUUAUCCUGGUCAGCUGCAAGUCAUACACCAAGCAAUACGGGUUGACGUUGAGGACGCAAAUCACUUUAAAAAAGACAUUCUGACGGCAAUAGAAUGUAAACUAGGAGUAAAGUUGCAGCCGUUCUUCAUUAUUGCUGGCCUUUUGAGAGAUGUAAAAGAUCCAAUGUUCGCACUUCAAGCAUUCCUAGAAUGGAGAAAUCAAGAUAAAGAGAAUAAAAAUUCGAAAGUUACUUCAAGCAUUAAUUAUAAAUCUUAUAAUCUUUUAUAUGUUGGAUCAGUUGAAGAAGAUACAGAAAAUAUACAACAAUUUAUUGAUGAAAUAGAUGGAAAAGUUGUACAUCGAUGUGAUUCAUUAACACAAAAAGAAUUGCAUUCAUUAAUGCUUAGCUCUCAAGCACUGAUCAAUUGUUCAGUCAGUGAAGGCCAGUCUUUGGCUGUAAUGGAGGCUAUGUCUCUUGGAGUUCCGGUUGUGGUGAGAGAAAAUCCAGGUAACUGUGAUCUUAUCAAACAUAGAAAAAAUGGGUUGGUAUUCAGAACAUCUAAGGAGCUGGGAGAAUGUCUAACUUAUCUGGAAGAAAAUCCUGAAAUAAAAAAACAACUUAUUCUCGCAGGGGAGGAGUUUAUGGGAGGCAAGGAAUUCCAAAGAGGAUAUCAAGCGAAAUUAUAUUCACACGUAAUCCAACAUAUAUAUUCUACUUUAUAAUCAACAUAUACAGCAGUUGAGUGCAUAACAAACAAAAUCAGUGACAUUUUUCUUCAAAUUUCAUUAUAACUUAUAACCAAAAGUAAAUAAUUUCGAUUACAAAGUAACAGUAAAGCUUUUCACUGAAGUAUUGUUCACUAUGAUAUAAAAUAAUAAAACCAAAUUUCCUUAAUUU